UCUGACCGGGAGCCAAAAUGGUGAUUAUAGAGUAGAGAGACUAGGUGUGGCAAGAUGGGGCGGCGUCAAAGGCUUUGUCUAUAGUUCCCGUGCAGCCCACCAACCGGGAGGAGGCUCUGCCUGUCUAUCAGAGUGUGUCCUGGCUCUCAGUCUGGGAUUGAAAGAGCUGCUACUGCGCGGGGCUGAACCUCUUAAACCGGGACCUGAACCACCGGGAAUAAGACAAGCACAAGUUCAAGAAGCCUCGUUGGGACCUUUGUAAGCCAGUUACGAGACCGAGUGAAGAACUGCUGGAGCAUACUGCCUCUUUUUUCUCACUCAUUUAACUCAUGACAAAGAUUCUUUAACGAGAAACAACAGAAAGAAAACUUCUGUGGAGUAACCGCCGAGUCACAAACCUUCUGGAGAGGACCUUUCUUUUUUCAAGGGGGAAUCCAAAGAGAUUUGUUUCUACUUUUUUCAAGGAUGCGAUCUCAAUGAUAACACCAGUUGGAAUAUGGGACUUUUAAUCUAUGAUUUGGACCAUGGGGACAGGAAACUAUGUUUUGUUACUCAGCUCUGGGUCAUUUUGAUAACUCUUGCAGGUAAAAUCUCUCCCACCAGCUCAGAUGCUCUCCUCAGCUUCUCAGCAGUGACGGCCAACCCCUCUCCUCCCAAUGUGUACCUUCCCGCCAACUUCAAAAUGUCCAACGCACAACUGGCCUUCUUCCUACGGGAGGCUCAGAUCUCAGGACCAACAGUUGGCGGCAGGAGCAACCCGAGCUCUGGACACCCGCUGCAGCGCUCGGAGAGUUUUGUGGUUUUCCAGACAAAAGAGCUGCCUGCCAUCAACAUAACCUUUGGGCCUUUUGCCCGGGACCAGGCUCUGUCCAAAGAGUUGCUGCAGCCCACGAGUCCGCUGGAUAUCCCCGGACAGCUGACGGUCAACUGGAAGGUGCGGGCGUUCAUUGUCCAGGCGAGGGUGUUCUCCAACAACCCCACGUUGCAGGUGUUCUUCUACAUCGCCGGGCGCGACUGGGACGACUUCAAGGCUCAGGACAAGCUUCCCUGCGUCCGUCUGCACGCCUUCCGGGAUGUCCGUGAGAUUAAAACGUCCUGCCGCAUGAAGGGCAACCUGGCGCAGUGUUUGGCGCAGCUGGAGCUACCUCCGUCCUGGUUUAACACCAACGUGGCGCCGCUGGGUCGGAGGAAAGGCUCGACGGACGGGCUCCUGGACGGGUUGACCAGUGAGACCCUGCAGGCGGAGCUCUACUACACCCUGCACGGGCCCAAUGUGGACGGGGAGUGCAUUGAGGGGUUAGGGCACAGGGGUGGAGGUGCUUCCAGGGGAGAACCUCUGUCACAGCACCCCCUGCUGCGCAUCGGGAGCAUCAGCCUCUACCAGGCCAGCCAGGAGCAGCUGCUGGUGGACAAGCAGCUGGACAAGAACAUGUUCCUCAGGCUGCCCGAAAAGCCCCUGAAGCCGGGGGAAGUGCUCCAAAUCUCCCUCUACUUGAUGCCCAACUCCACUGUGGAGCAGUUCACCCUCAGGUCUUCUUUGUCAUGCGCGUCACGGCCGCAACUCGGUGCCCCCAUCUCGGAUCCCGACGGCCUGAUGCUGCGCCUGCAUGGACGGCCGCGCGCCUUCCUCACGUUAGCCCGGGGACAAACACCUGGGUUCAGGGCGUCCUCCGGCGGGCUAGGUGGAGCUCAUGGCAUUGGUGGUGGAGCUGCGACAACCAGAGCCAGGAGCCGCUUGCGUCUACACCUGGCAAACGAGCAACCCACGGUGGAGCGCGCUUCCACUGCACCGGUCUGCGGAGGGACUAGACCUGCUGCUCCCUGCUACCACGCAAAGGUCGAGCACGAAAGAUGGACAAGGCUGCGGUCUGGCUGGACGACGCAGCGAACAAACGUGGUCGGCGAGCGAUCCAGUGCACGAGCACUCUCGCCGCGUCAGCAUCCAGCGCUGCAUCCAGUCGCUGGUCCAUGCUGCCCAGGUUGCCGCAAACGCCAACUGCUGCGCUGCCGUCUGUCAGAGAUGAAUCGCGUGGGGUGCGCACACAAGGGCUGCAAGGAGGAAAAACAACGCCGGUGUCCCAUCUGCAGCAGCUCAUCGGCUCUGCUGUCCACGCCAAACCCAAACACCUGCCAGGAGAACCAAGUGCCCCGUCGGUUCUGCGUCGAACAUCAGCAGAAGCUCCGUCGACGCAGCAGCUGCGCGAGCACCGGGGGCUCCAGCAGGCGAGAUGUUGAGGCGGGAGGAUGGCGGAGCAGGGUGGGGCAGCGCCGGCCGGUCGGUCCUCCGGGCAGCUGCAGGACUUCCGUUCACCAGAACAACAGGUCAAGUCCCCAGUACCCCGACUCUGGAGGAAUCACACCUCAACACGCAGACGCAACUCCGACCGGGCCUCCACAACGCAGGCAGCGGAAAUGGGCAGCAGCAGAGAUGCAGCAGCAGCGACAGGGGGGGGGAAUUCCUCCACAGAGCGGCCCAUGCUUCCUCAAACCUCCCACAUCAAAUUCAGCAGAUGCAGGGAUCCAGCAGUCAGCGGUGGGCAGGAACGCCGCGGCAGCACACCGGACAAUCUGCCUCGCAUAUGCCGGCGGCCCCCAGGGUCCUCCCCGCUCCACCAGUCUAGGCAAACCGCUCGUCUGGUCCGCCACGCGCUACGCUAGCAGCAGCAGCAGCAGCAGCAGCUCGGAGGCCGGUAAGCCCAAUGCAGGGAAAACGUUGGGGGCACACCUCCCAACCAGCCCCCAGGAGCCUCCCAGGCUCCCAGGUCCUGCAGCAGCACCCUCUCCGGACCCCCACCUGGCACGCGUGGAGUCGCAUGAAGAUCACACGGGUGCGGCCCAGGGAAGAUGCUUGCAGGAGAGCGGGCUGCAGGAGUUUGAUGCCUCUCACCCCAGACCAUCAAGGCAGGGGCCAGGCGGAGGCAGAUGGCCAUUGGGGGUCACCCGGGGGCCUUGGGCACGCGGGGGUAGUGGGGAUGGUUUGGGCCCAGAGUUGCCUCCUCGAAGCCAGGCCGCGCCGGCGCGCGGCAGCGGCUCGGCCACAUGA